AGCCCACGUUCAUUAAUUAAAUGGCUUUAGUCCGGCUAGGCCUCAAUUUGCGCUGUUGAGCAGCAGGCGGCGGGCGGUGCAACACUACAUGCCCGAUUUGAAACCCACAUUCAAAGGGGAGGAGUCUGGAGAGACAGUAGGCAGUGAACGCAAUGGGGUUGAGGAGUGGCUGUGCCCCCUAUGCCAAAAAGGACAAAUCAACAGAUCAUCCCUGUCUCUUCAUCUCACUGAGCAACAUAGCGUACUUCAAUCUUGUGUUGACAGACUGCUGGACAUCGCUGUUCUGAAAAAAGUUACCAGCAGAGGAGAAGACGACAGAGAUGCUCCUAAGUUUGAGGAUGCUGAAUCUUCACAACUGAAGCACGCCAAGGACGCCACUUCAGACCCCUGUCAAUCUAGCGACAGUACAGACGCUACACAGCCGCUCGGAGACACAGAGAUGGAGGAAGAAAGAAUAACCGAGCAUGAGAGAAGUGAAGCUGAUGGGCCGGGGCCAGACGACGAGGGAAAUGCGCUCACAAAAGCCAAACAGCUAAAUGCAACUGAAAAUGCAGAAAACUCAGACCCCAGUGAAAAGUCAGCCAGUAAAAACGGCGUGGCAGCUGAGAAUAACACUCGCUUCAAAUGCAAUGCUUGCCUGGAAACUUUCUCCAGCAGAACUGCUCUGAGUGUUCAUUACAACUCUGCGGCCCACAUUCAGAGGAUGACAGGCUCUUCAAAACAAGGCGGUGAAAAUGAGACUCAAGCACCUUCAGUUCCUCUCCUGUCUCGGCCAUAUAUAUCAAACAAACCCUACCAGUGUGCUAUAUGUCGAGUCUCUUACAAUCAUGCCAUCACCCUUGAGAGCCAUAUGAAAUCUGUCUUGCACCAGUCCCGCAGCAGAAAUGCUGGCAUUGCUGCACAAGCCACAAACGGCACAGCAGCCACUGCAAGUCUGGGAGGUAGCAGCACCAGUGCUCCGAACGCUGUUGCGACCACAUCUGGGAGUGGAACUAGCCAGUUAGUAACCACCACUAACUGCGUCACUCCUGGGACCUUAAUGGUGACUGCUACAAAAGACGGAGAGCAGAUUCCAACGUCCCAGGUUGCUCCCUCCCUCCUUACCUCGCCUGUGGCCUCAGCUCAGGCGGUUUCAGCCUUUCUUACCCUCCUAACAUCGAGUCCCAGCACGCUUUCUCACACUCUCCUUCCUUCCCUGUUCGCGGCAGGUGCUGCUUCCGGUGCCGCCGUGCCUCAGCUUGUGCCUCAGCCUCAAAUGGUCAUGCCCUUGAUCUUGAAUGGGCUCCAAGCCCAAACCCAGCAGCAUCAAGAGAACCAGCAAGGCCAGCUCCUUACCCAGUGCGUGCCAUUUGUAGGUCUCAGUACAGCCCAGCAAGCUCUCCUAACCCAAAGACUUAGCAGCUUACAGAACCAGUGGCCAUCUGCAGGGGUUCAGACAAACUUACAGCCAUGCCUUGAUGGGCAAAAAGAGACUGUAAAGGUUGAGAAAGAAGAAGAAAAGCUGGACAGUGAUGGGGCAGCUAAAGAGACUGUAUCAGAUGAGAUCAAGGAAAGUAAGAACCGGACUUCAGAGAAAUUUAAUGACAGUGAAGAAUUUGCACAAAAAGAAAGCAAAGUAAAGGUUGAGGAUGAUGAAGACGACAAGAAGGCACAUAGAGAUAGCACAACAGAUGGAGAAAGCUCCAAUCAGUUGGACCUGGAAGGAGAUAAAGCAGCUCGCCUCGGUUUUUCCUCUGAGGAAACAGAGAGGAGCCUCUGCAAUAAGAACCUUUCGCCUUGUGCAUCAGUGCCCAGCAACUCAAGCCUCAGUCCUGUACACUUAAACCUUACUCUUAGCCCUGAUUCUACCCCUCAGAAAUCCCACUCAAGCAGCAGUCCUUGUGGCUCUCUUGGCACCCCAAAAUCCAGCCCGAGUAUAAAUGCCUUAACCAACAACCAAACCCGACCCCAUUUUUUUACCAAGGGAUCCACGCAUCCAGACUUUCCAGUGCUGUCAGAGUUUCAGACAGAAGUCCUUUGGGCAUUCUUUGAAUCCCGAAGUGAAGCUGAUGCCGCAAGUCCACCACACGAGGACUGUGAGGCACUUGGCAGAGAGGUUGGGUUGUCUGAGGAAGAGGUGCGUAUAUGGUUGAGCCAGGCCAGGCAUGCAAAACAGAAAAAGAGGGAACAUCUGCAAGACUUGGCAGGGCUGACAAGGCAAGCCCAAAGCUCUGACAAUGACUAUGAUGAUGAAGAAAGAUCUCUGAUUAUUGCAGAAGGUGACUGCGAUGAACCAUCAGGGAGUCAGGCAAUAGAUUUGUCCAGUACGCGAGGGAAACGGAGGCAUAAAGUGUUGAAAAGGGAAGGUCAGAGGGAUUUGUGUCUCACCUCUGACUCUGAAAACGAGGUGUACACUUCUGUCAUUGUGUCUGAUGAAGAAAGUCAGAAUGGAUCAAUGAAGGAUGGUCCGGAAAGCCCUGUUAAAGAUGAAGCCCAGUGGGAGGUCCAUGGUGAUAAGGGGUCGGUUGGCGGAAAAGUCCUCCGCUCCACAACAGUUUUCCUCUCUGAUGCAGAAGAUGAAUAUGAAGAUGAAGAUGGAGGAGGGGAUCAGAGGUCCCAGAGGAAAAAACGAAAGGGGGAGUUUGAGCAUGAUGAGGUGGAGGUUAAAAAGGAAAGACAGGACCCAGAUGUAGAUCUAGAGUUGGAGGCCCAAGGGGAUCCUCCAAAUUCACUCUCCCACGCUGAAAUGCCAAGUAGUGCUAUUCACUCACUUCCCCUGUCUCUUGCUCCCUUUUCUACCCAGUUCCUCAGCCCCUAUGUCCUCUCACUUGCUCCUUCGAUGGUUGGAGAUGGAAGUAAGGUGCCUGCCUUUACUAACCCACCAAUGAUCACACGCUUCUCCAGUCCUCUUCUUUCGCAGUCCCUCUCCAUCAACCAAAAUUCUCACUACUUAUCCAACGGUGGUGACUGUGAGUCUGCUCUUGAUCUCAGUAUAGGGAAAAACAGCUCAAAGAAUGCUUCUUCCUCUUCUCUGGCUGACAAAAUCGCAGCACAGAAGGGACAGCUGCUUGAUGGACUUGGCCUGAGGCCCACAUCUAAAGGUCUGGUAGUUGUUCAAGUAAAGCCAGACUCGAUCAAUGCCAUGACAUCUUCUAACAGCGGUAUGAGUCUGGUUAACUGCAACAACAUGACAAAGGGUAUUUACAUGAGAGCAGCAGAGAAAAUGAACGCUUCACUGUUGGACAGAGAGAAAGACGGAGAGAAAGAAAAGGAAAGGGAGCAGGAUCAGCAGCAGAGGAAGUCCAAAGGAAAAAGGUAUCGGGAUAUGCGGCGUUCAAGAACCAUUAUUCAAGCUGAACAACUUGACAUUCUGUACGGCUGCUAUUUCAAAGACCCGAAUCCUGGGAAACAUGAAUUUGAACAGAUAUCAGAGUGGGUACAUCUUCCCAAAAAGGUCGUUCAGAUUUGGUUCCAGAACAUGAGGGCGAGGGAACGGAAAGGCGAGGUCCGAUUCAUCAGUGACGGGACCCUGGCAGCAGUCGGCAAACCUCUCAUUAAAUUUACCUGGCCUCUUUCCAAACCAAUAUUCUCAAACAAACAGAAUCAAACUAAUACUGGUUGUAUCACAACUUCACCAAUUGUGCGCACGCUCAUUAAGACAGAAAGAGAGCCGGUGAAGGAGAUUGGUAAACCUGCUGUCCUAAAAAAAAUAGCCCCAGUCCCCAUCAAGCCAAAGGAAAUUGUGUCUUCUACCACAACCUCUCCUGUCAACAGCAGUGUUUGUGCAGUGCCAAAGACCAAGCUUGAAACUACCAGCAAUGCCACGAUGGUCAAAGUUGCACCAAAAGUCAGCCCCCCUGUCCUUUUAACACCACCCAAGGAUCCAGUCCCCAUCGCACCAAGACCUGCCCAGAAAAGAAAGUUAGAAGAGGAAAGUGAAGAAGAAAAGACUGAUGAUGAAAAAGACAAUGAAGAGGAGAUGAAUUCUGGACCAGGGACCAUAAAUCGCAUGGUGCCCAAACUGCCAACAACUCCCAUCAACAACAGGCUCAAUGCCACUAACGUGGUCACACAAAAGCAGAACGGACUCAACUACUGGACCUCCAAAGUACCGAUUAAGAUCAACACUAUAUCAAGAGAACAACUGGCUCUACCAACGCACACGCCUCCCCGCACCAUCCCUCCUCCUCCCACCCCCAGCAUCGCACCAGUCAGUCCAAAUACCCCAUGCUCUGCCAAAGUGGCCAUCCCUCCCACCCCGGUCGGAACUAAAUCGAGCCCGUCAGAAACCAGCUUUCUGCCCCAUUCAUCCAGCCGCAGACCUCGCACACACCUGUCAUGUCUACAGCUGUCCAUUCUGCAGUCCUGUUACGAGACUUGUGCCCACCCGAAUGCCAUGGAGUGUGAGGCGAUCGGCAGCGAGCUCAAUCUGCCGCUGAAGGUGGUGCAGAUCUGGUUCCAGAAUACCAGAGCCAAGGAGAAGCGCUGGAGGCUGCAGCAAGAGAAACUUUCUCCUCUGUCAGGUGGGAAGGUGGACACGAGUUCAGGAAGUUACCUGCAGUACAACGCUCUUAAGGCCAAUCGGCCCAUCCUGCCCAAACCGGUUCACCUGACUGUCGGUGAACCUCCAGCUUCCCUGGUGGCAGGCCAGACGGUGCAGAAGGAGACCCUAACAGGCAACUGCGAUGCCUGCAACGUCUCCUUUGAAUCCAGAGCUGCAGCGAGAGCCCACGUCUUCUCCUCCCGCCAUCUGGCAACGCUGAGAACGACAAAUUUCGGCCAGCCAUCAGCGCUCGUCAACAAGAAUGGAACCAGUAACGGUGGACCUGGCGGGGUUAUGCUGGGCUCACAGGUCUCUCAGUCUGCUCCAGUAUCAAGUACUGGCUGUAGUUCAGUAGGGGAGAUGGUUAUUGAGGCACUUCCGCCGACGGCUACCAGCAACAGCUAGAGACUCGGAUCAGGACUGGUCUGCACACUGACUUUUCCUUGAACCCAUUUGGGCUCCACAGAUUUUAUUAAACAAUUUUGAGCACUAAUUCUCAAAAACUAAUGUUUUUGGAGUCGGCUCCCACUACAUUCGUCGCCCCUUGCUCAACCUUAACUGACUAAAGUACAUCACUCUACGUUCAGCUGGAAUCUAAUACAACCGCAGACGCUUUCCAGUUGCUGUUAUGAUGAAAACAUCUCUUCUUCCCUCAAUCCUCACACUUUAUUCAAACUUUUUGGGUCCUAAACCUGUGGUUAUAUAUUACCUUACUUUAGCGACCUUCCUAUAAUUUGUUACGGCAUUUAACUUGCCAUGCUUGAACUGUUUGCAUCCGUGUUUCCUCUCAACAGUAGGCCUGGUGGAAACACUUUUUGGGAUAAUAACAUGAGAUACUUGCAUUGAUGACUCCCAGUGUGCUCCUGUGGAAAUGUUUUUCUCAUGCCUAGUCACUUUUAGGGAGGGAACGCUUGGAAAAACGACUGGACUGAUUAUUUGGGAGAGGAUGAACUUGUCUUCACUGUCACCGUUUUACUUUGCUGCAGGAGUUUGUUCUGAAGAGUGUUGUGUCCGUUUAUUUGGGAUAUAAAAGAGGUACUUCAGAGAGAAUAGGGCUGUUGACUUGUCCCCAUUUUACAUGUUGAUAGUUUUCAUGACAAUCCAAAUACACAGGGCAAAAAGAGUGUCUGAGGAUACAGAGUCUUGGCAUACUGCACUUUGACACAUUUUACAUAGUUUGAAAUGUUUUUAAGCAUUCUAAUGCAAGUGUCUUUUUAUGAAAAGAUACAUUGAUGCAUGUUGGAUGCCUUAAUAUAAAUCACGUAAAAUAAAUUGAUUUUGCUAUUCUAAUGAGACCUGCUUUAGGUUGGAGCAUAAUAAUGUAUGAGAUGCAGAUCUGGGUAUAAACACGAAGAAGAGCUUUGUUGCAAAAUGCACCGUGUGGGGAAAUAUCUGAAUGUCCGAUUCUGCCUAUUUAUGGCAGAUCCUACCUGUAAGGUUGUCAGCAUUCUCCAGCCAAGGAUUCUUAUUAACCACCAUAUUGUUUUACAACAAAUUCUCUGAUCCUGUGGAUUUUAAUUCCCCAUCAUCUCAUUUUGAAACGUAGCUCUUCGAUUGUUCGUCAGUUGGGGUAAAAAGUUUGCCUAUUGUUGGUGUGUGAUAUAUGGCCGCCUUAAAAAGAAACACCACCAGGUUUAUUGAUUUAUAAACCCAGGUGAUACCUGGUAAAAAAAAUGUUUAUCCUCAUCUGACAUGGAGAGUCAGGUGAAUAUCAUACAUGUACAGCUUUCUUUCCCAAGAAUACUGUGCAAAUAACAAAUUCCUUAUAUCACAUCAAUAUUUAACAAAUGACAAUAAAGCAAUUAGAAGUGGUGUUGCAGAUUUUAUUUAGGUCAAAAGCCAAGUCUCUUGAACUAUCAUGAGCUUCAAAUUGGCUGUUAUGGCUAUUUUUUUCCCUCUUUUGUUUGGUUUUAAUUGGGGCUGUCAAGAUUAAUCACAUUAAUCCUGAUUAACUAGGAUCCACAACUAGUGCAUAGAUUUUUCAAAUCACGAUUAAUUGCAUGCUUGAUUUUCCAUUUCAACAAGCUCUGGUUUAGCUACUGCAGUGUCUCCCUGCAAAAUAAGUCCACCACUGCUCCUUGAUGUCUAAUAUAAGUUCUGACAGCUCAGUGGACAAGCCAAUUCCUGAAACGCCAGACAGACUGUCAUAUAUACAUUGCAUGGAUAUAUGUCACAUUCAUUUGGAAACCCUCUGAUACAGAGUGUAUAGGAAGGGCAGGACUUUUCAAAAAAUUCUCUGAAGGUGAUUGGACCAAUGUUCUGUCUGUCACAUUAAGUAUGGGCCAAUCAGAGCAAAAAAACAAUGAUUUAGUAGGCAGCUUCAGUGCAGUGCUGUCGUAGUUUACAAACAAUGGAGUUUCUUAGUGGAUAAAACUAAGCCUUUGGCUGGGAGAAGUGCAAAAACACCACCAGGAAAAGCUUUCAGUGCAGUUCUUUGCUCUUGUUUUAAUAAAGAAAUGUGGUCCAGUUCUGACUAAACUGCAGCUGUACAAUAGCAACAUCCAAGCUCAAAUGUACACCGACAGCAGCCGUUCCUACCAUCUAAACCAAACCAGCAGCUACCGCCUCGUUCUCCUUAGUUGAUGCUGAUUGGUCCAGUGACUUUUCAGACCUGGCAAAAUGUCCCAUAGUGGAGCUUUGCAAGAUGGAUCUGCCGAAUGACUGACGUGAAAUCUGGUCAAUCAAUCCACUUUGCGUUGUCACUUUUAAUCCAUAACUACUUUUUCCAUGGUUAAAUAUGUGUUAGGGCUGCACAGGGGUUAGUACUGUUGCCAUGCAGCAUGAAGGUUCCUGGUUUGCUUCCCUGUCAUUGCCUCUCUGUGCAGAGUUUGCAUGUUCUCCCUGUGCAUGCUUGGUUCUCACCAGGUACUCUGCUUCCUUCCACCACCAAAGAAACGCUCGUUAGGUUAAUUGAUGACUCAAAAUCAGCGACAAAAGAGUGAGCAUUUGUCUUUAUAUGUCAGCCCUGUGAUGGACUGCUGACCAGUCCUGGGUGUGCCCCGCCUCCCUCCCAGUGACAGCUGGAAUAGGCUGGAUGGAUGGAAAUACAUGUUAUAAUCUUUGAUCUAAAACAAGGCAACAAGGAGCACACUCGGCUUUUUUAGAUGCACUCAAAAAUGUCCUUUCAAGGUCUUAAAAUUCUGGGUGACACUGCAUAAAAGACACAACAAACACAUUUGGAAGAAGACUCCUCGUCCAAAUGUGCCUGUUGUCUUUUGUGCUGCCUUACCCAGAAUUAAAAGGUCUUAAAGGACAUUUUCAAGUGCUGACCCUUCAGUUUCCUUAUAAUCAUUGAUCUACCUAUAAGAUCAGGUCUGUUUCUAACAGUAAGUCCAUUAACCUUUGUUCAACACAAAAGACAAAUCUAAAAUGACAGUUUUAAAUGCAAAUUAUUGGAAUUUUAAAAUGUGAUAAAAAGUGUGCGAUUAAUCACGAACUUCAGAAAUCUUGAGGUUAAUCAUGAUUAGAAAAUGUUAAUCUUGACAGCCCUUGUUUUAUUCGAGUUAAAGUAAAGUAUGUGCUGUGAAAUUAGAUCUUAUAUCUGGAAACCAUUAAAAGGGAGUAAGUUGGGUAUUGCUAGCAUCCUUAAGGGACUAAUAGAUACUCACAUCUUGGCAGCAAAUUGGGAAACAUUUAAUGUGUUGACAGAGAGCUAAUAAGAUGGUGCUGUGCUGAAGGACACGUAACAUACUAAAGAUGUAUUCCUUCAAUUUAAGUUGUAUAUUAAUGUUACUAUUGAUAGUUUUAACUAAAUGCAAAACUAAAACCUAAACUUUUGUAAAGAAAUAUAUAGAAUAACUGAUAUUCCAAAGUAAUUCUCCCUUUGCUUUCUGUCAUUCGAAUACCAAAAAGCAAUCUUGAGGUUGACAGAGAGCAGGAGAGGAGUUUGUUAAUGCAAACUGUAGGACAUCCCAUGGCUUGACACUUGCACUAGUCCACAAUUUUUGCACAAGCUACAGACAUUUCAAAACGAACACAGCCAUUACACGGUAUAAAGUUUCACGUGGUGAAGUUCCGAGUCAAGGACGAUAAUGAUGUCCUUACAUGAGUAAUAAUUUGUACUCCUGUUGGAAACUGUAUCUUGUGUGUAAAGCAAGGACUGAAGUGCUUUAACUUCAAGACUGGGAUUACACACGCACACACAGACAUAGUGUUGCACUGUCCAAACUAGCUAGGUUUUUAUGGAGAUCUGCUUUUUAUUCCUGUAUGUUUCAUCGUCAGUUUGAUUAUCACUCUUGUUAUUAUAGUACUACUACUUAUACGAUUUAUCAUUACUACUCAUCACUUUUUUUUUUUAUUAUUAUUGAUCCAUAAUGGUUUUAAAUGCCACCUCUCUGCUCAAAACAGUAUGGUAUUCCUCUGAAUAUUGAACAAUAAUAGUGGCAGUGUUGUUAUGAAUUGUUAGAUUUUGAUUAAGCUUUUUUUUCCUCCUCACUUGUACCUGCCUUUUUGUGUUUGGUCUCCAGUAUGCUUUCUUUGAUAUACAGAAAAAUAAAUAAAAUCAGU